UAGGGGAAAAUUCCGGGAAAUCAAAACUAGGUUGUAGCUGAGACCUGAAAGAUUCAGUGCGCAAAUGCAGUGCCCGGGGGCCUGCAAUUUAUCGAUUUUGGGAGAGUUAUGCGUGCGUCACGACAGCCAGUCACUCGACAGUCUAGACCGGGAUAGUCUAGAUCCAGCGGGUCUAGAUUGAUUGCCUUCCACCAUGGAGGAGCAAUGGGAGCGGCCCGUGGAGUCCAUGUUCACUACCAUCGAGCUUUACGUACACAAUAUAUCGGCGUUCCGAUACUUUUGCGUGAUCUUGGUGCUCAAUGUAGUGUUCAUUCACUUCGCCGUGCGUCUGUUGUCGAUGUUUAUGAAAUACUUCGGACCCGUAGAUUCGCCCCCAACUAUCUAUUAUGUUGGAAGACGCGGAAAUACUGAGAAAAUAUGUCAUCUGGUUAAGACAAAAGUGGAAAAAGACUUCAAAAAAGAUGAGAGACUGCGCAAGAAGUACCGCAACAAGGUGGUCCGCUACAUGUACGUGUCGCUGCUCGUCUUCUUCACCAUCACCAGCGCCAUCCUGCUGUAUAUGUACUCUCGGGGGCUGAACCACGACCCCUCUGACGUGUGCCGCAGCAAGCAGUGCCUCCGGUCCGCCGCCAACCUCGCCAUCUCCAUGGACACCAGCGCAGACCCUUGUGAUGACUUCUACCAGUACGUAUGCGGCAACUGGGUGCAAGAGCACCCGCGGCCGGACGCGUACAGCUCCUACGACUGGUUCCGCAUCAAGCAGCUCAGCGUGCACUCCAGCAUCCGGGACGUGCUGGCGAGGAACCUGAGCUGGUGCCCGCCGCCCGUGCAGCAGGCCAAGCUCAUGUAUGACGGGUGUGUGGAUCUGGACCACAUAGAAAGCAAAGGCCUAGAACCAGUGAAGGAGAAGCUCAAGGACCUCACACUACCCCCGUACCCUUCAUACCUGGCGGUCCCAGAGGAAGAGCAUUCAGAGGUCAAGGUAGACUGGGUGCAGGUGGUGGUGAAUGUGAAGACCAUGUUGGGAAUGGAUGUGCUCAUUGGGUUCGAGAUAUUUAAUGAUCCGAAGAACUCGUCAGUGUAUAGAUUGGCUAUGGGCACUCCUGGAACCACUAAUCCUUUUCCGAGCAUGCACAAUGAAAAGAAGAAACACAAAAUAGGCAAAAAGGCGCCAAUACCGAUCCUGCAACCCAACCGCCCCACCUCGUUCCACCAGAUAUUCCUCAAACAUAACGGGAACGGACCCCUGGGCAUAGACAAAAAGACCAAAUCCAUCUCGGCCGAUAAGACUAAAGAGGUCUACAUCAACUUCUAUAAGUUCCUCUUUGCUGCGUUCUCUCCGGCUUCUGGAAAUAAUACGAUCGAUUAUUCUGAGGCUGAGAAGGCUGAGAAUGCUGCUGAGGAGUAUUAUGCUUUGUACAAUACGUUGUACGAGCUAGAAAAUAUAAACGCCACAGACGAAGUGGACUUAGAUUACUACGAGAACUACCCAGAAUACACCGCAGACGAGAUUCAGGCAAGAACUGACGCAGUCCUCGCAGCCAACAACGAAUCCGCCUCGCCUAUCUGGAAAAGAUAUCUUGAAGGAGUCUUCGCCGUCAGCAAAACCGAACUAGACUUCGCGACGGAUAAGAUCAUGGUCUCUGAUGUGGAUAUGGAGUAUAUGGAAAAGAUGGCGCUUCUCAUGGCUAGAACUCCGGCUGUGGAUAUUGAGCUGUAUAUCUGGGUUAAGGUGGUAGAAGUGAUGUCAGUGCACACAACGUCCGCUCUCCGGGAACGCUUCGAGGCGGCGUACGAGGCGCUGCAGGGGCGCGGGGGGCGGCGCUCGCGCAGCCUUCAGUGCGCCGCCCUGGUCACGGACAUGAUGGGGCUGGCCGUGGCGCAUGCCAUCCUGGAUGAGAAGUUUGUUACGGUGUCUAAACCUAAGCUGAAGAAAAUGCUGAAUGAGUUGAAGAACGGCUUAGCUCACCUGGUGGGCCUGGCCAAGUGGAUGGACGACGACACGAAACUAGCCACCUACGAGAAGAUAGAACGGAUGAAAAGCCUCAUCGGCUUCCCAGAAUGGAUGCUCCAAAACGGAAAACUGGAAGAAUACUACCAAGGGUUGAAGAUAAACCCGGAGACCCAUCUCGAGAAUAUGAUCAAUGUGGUCCAGCUCAAGACGAAGAAGGCUCUGGAUAAGUUCCGUAAUACUGACAAGUCCGCCUGGGCCACUGAUCCGACCGAGGUUAAUGCGUACCAUGUGUUCCAGGAUAAUACUAUAACUAUACCACUAGUCAUGGUGCAGUAUCCUUUUUACGAUCUCGGAUUGGAAUCUCUCAACUAUGGAUCACUGGGUACGAUAAUUGGUCAUGAAAUAACUCACGGCUUUGACAAUUUCGGUCGUAAAUUCGACAAGAACGGCAACAUGGUCCCCUGGUGGAGCAACGCCACCAUCGGCUCGUACGUCAACAUGACGCAGUGCUUCGUCAAGCAGUACUCGCAGUUCUAUGUGGACGAGCUGAAAGAGCAUGUGGACGGCGCCCGUACUCUGGGCGAGAACAUAGCGGACAACGGCGGCGUGCGGGAGGCGUUCGCGGCGCUCACUGAGCAUCGCUAUCGGCAUGGAGAGGAGCUGCUUCUACCAGGAUUCGAGGAGUACUCGCCUGAACAGCUGUUCUUCUUGAGCUAUGGAAAUCUCUGGUGCGGAGUAUCAACCAAGGAUUCCCUAAAGGAGGAUCUACAAGACGAGCACACCCCGCAUGAGUUCCGAGCGCGGGGCGCCCUCCAGAACAACGACGCCUUCGCACGUGCCUGGAACUGCCCCCGCGGCUCCAAGAUGAACCCCGCCGACCAGUGCGUCAUCUUCUAGACCCAUCCGCAGACCAGUCAGGCAACUUCUCCAAGAAUCCAUUAAUCAAUGUGAAAUCUGUAUGAACCCGUUGACAAAUGUGUUCCCUUUUAGAAGUUCCUGUAGGCCAAUGUGUUGUGAUCUGUCUUCAUCUUCUAGAUGAAUUUGCAUGUUGUUGUAGGUGUCUGAGAAUACUAGACGAAUACGUCCCAAUUCGACUCAAUGCUGUUUCUAGUUUAUCUCCAAGACCUGUGGAGUUUACUGUCAAAUUAACGAGGCGAAAUGUGAGCCAUUGGCUAUGAGACAAAUCGGGACGUGUCCAAGUCUAUGAAAUAACGUUUUAAAUAUCUCGAUGUUAUGGACGUGUUCAGGUGCUAUCUGAGUCUGUCCCGCGCCGCCCUGGACCCGCGCUCGCCCCGUCCCAGUUGAAGUAGGUUAAGAUGUUUCGAGCUAUGUCUAUUAACUUUCUAAACAAGUGAAUAAUAAAGAUUUUGAUGUCA